AUGAGCGGUAUAAGCAACCUUGCAAUCGGAUUCAUCGUCGUAUUCGCCCUCUGCUUCGUUGCUUUGAUAUCCCUGAUCCUUUACGUCAUUUGGUAUCGUCGAAGAUUCCGACAACAAAACUCCACCGGCGAACCUGACUUCACCGGGGAUCCUUUUGCCAGCCCUUCCAAGGAGCUGCUGUACUUCUUCUGCUGGAAGAACCAGUCUCGCAUAGAGCCCACCGUAUUUCCGACUUCUCGAGCCUCCGGCACGCGGGAUGGACUGUCGGGACCCGUUGACCCGUUGAAAUGGCACGGACUGUAUGGGCCACCGAGGUUUUUGCUUCCAAUCAAGGAAGAUAAAGAAGACUUGGAGUCACAGAAACCAUCGGCAGAACGGAAGCCGAAGAAGAGGAUGCCCCGCCGUCUCGAGGCUACCAAAGACGGAGACGUGCAAAGGAGCGUCGAGGUGGAGAGAGAUACACCAUUUUCAACGCCCUGCACCUCGCCUCCUUAUGUAACUCCUUGGCCUUCUCCGCCUCGUGAGGUGCAAAGGAGCGUCGAAGUCGAAGAUGUGGCGGACCUACCGCAGUAUCGUAUCAGAGUUGACUUGGGUGUUCAUGAGAUGCAAAGGGAGUUGCCGGAGAAUGACUUUUACGAGAAAACCACGGAGGCAUCCGUAUCUGAUAUUUAG